UCUCAUUAAUAUAAGCAACCAAAUGAAAGGAACUUUUCUUUUUUUUUCUUUCGAAAUCCAUAACCUAGAAAGACCGACACGUGAACGAUUGAUCUUUUGUAUGAACCUACGCAUUACCAAAUAAACUAAACUAUAUUCCUAAAUACUUAUUGUGUAUUCCGAACAUAAAUGUUUGAUCGGCGUCGAUUUCCCGGUACGUAACGCACGUUUACACCCAGGGAUUGCCAAUGAUCAUCAGACGUAACUUUGUCUCUCGUUUCUCUACUCGAUAAACCGGACAAGAAUACCAGCACGCCCUGCAUAAUUAUUUAUAAAUUACUCGACAUACUAAAAUUUAAUCACUGGUUACCAAAUAAACCUACUGUAAUUUUCAUAAAUGUCACGACCAAGAAAAAAUUACAAGUGCAUGGCGCGCAAAAAUUUCAAAUUAAUAGGUGAAGAUAAUUCAGGCACUAAAAUAUCUGCAGAUAGUAGAACAAAAAAAUGCAUAGACUGGUUAAAUCGUAAUGGAUCCACUAAAAAUAUCACAGAGCGACAAGCGCAUCAAAACUUCCAACCAAAAUCCACAAAACAAUAAUGACAGUAAUAAAACUCUAGGAAUCCAAUCACUGCCAGUUGAAAUACUUGUCGAAAUACUUUUGUAUUUAAAUUCAUAUGAUCUUCAUGCUUUAGAAGAAGUUUCAACGUUCUUCGAACAACUGGUACAGCAACCUCCGGUCUGGAAAACUUAUGAGAUAAAAGAACACGAUCCUGAGACGUACAUAAUAAUAGCACAAUUAAAACGAAUGCCUCUGCUGGCGCGAAUCAGUAUUGAGACACGAUCAGACUGCGAUGAUAUCCUGAGACAGUUGUCUCGCAGCAAUCAAAAACUAGAAAAACUUCGUAUCGUCGAUUGCACUGGUUCGACGGGAAAACUUUAUCUCCGGUCGAGCUAUUUGACGCGGAUACUGGAGCGAUGCAACCGAUUGCACACGAUUCACAUCCUCGGGAGCAGAUUCCACGGGAAAAAAUUCUAUCGGCUGUUGGGUGACAUGAAGACGCGGCUACGAACACUCUCUACUCAGGCAACAUCAUCACAGUUUCUAACGUUUGCGUCGCACGCCAGUCACCUGAACGAACAGGAUCGCGAAAUAAUAUGUAAUAUGUGUGUUGGCGGGAAAACGUGGGCGCCGUUACGUUAUUUUAUGUUACAACGUCCGGAUUAUCAGCGUCCAUUGGCACCGAUACGACAGACGGUUUUAGUGAGUUACCUCCACAAAGACUUUGUGUCAAUCGACGUGGGUGAUACUGACAAACGUACGGCGACGACAAUCACCGACAGCGGCAGUAGCCUUCGUAAUUAGUGGCCAUGACCCCAAGGUUUUCUAAGUCCGCGUGACCACUCCAUUUUUCUAGUCCACUUAUCAUUUUUUUAACAUCUUUCGUUUUACACAUUAAAUAUUUAAUCCAGUAUGUACUUAUAGUAAUAAUUGUAACAAUUUGAACAAUUAUUAUUGUCUUCAUCAUCAUUAUUACUUAUCGGUACAUAAAUAACAAGUUAAUUACACUU